UCCUCUCCUUCCGUCGCCCGUUCAGGAAGAGGGGGCAAAGAAAGCGGCGACGCCUGGGAGCGACGCUCGCAAGCUGAUGUGCGGCUGCCUUGAAAAUGGAAAGCGACUCCACUGUCCGGAGAAUAAAACCCUCGUCGCUCGGGACACAUAACAGCUAUGCGGUGGCCGCGGGGCACCGGUACGCUGGGGACUACAACGGCUGGGGCGACGAGGAGCCGAAGAGGAAGCCCGACGUGAGCCUGUACCUGCUCCGAGAGGGUCUGGCAACCUCCCUGGUCUGCUUGUUUAUUUUGCUGCUGUGGGCUCUGGUUCACUUGUCGCUCCAGCAGCUCGUCAUCGGGAGGCCGGACGGAGACUUCAACGCGGACAGAGCGAGGUGGCACCUGGAGCGCAUCACCAGCGUCGGGCCUCGGCCGACGGGCAGCCACGAGAACGAGGUCCUGACGGUGAACUAUCUGCUGGAGCAAAUUGACAAGAUACGCCAGGAGACUGUGCAAGGCACGCACUGGAUCACCGUGGACGUGCAGAGGCCCACGGGUUCUUUCUCCAUCGACUUCCUGGGCGGCUUCACCAGCUACUAUGACCGCGUCACCAACGUCGCCGUGCGCCUGGAGCCGGAGGGCGGUGCGCAGCAUCUGAUGCUGGCCAAUUGUCACUUUGACACCGUGGCCAACAGUCCAGGGGCGAGUGACGACGCUGUGAGCUGCGCCGUCAUGCUGGAAGUCCUCUACUCCCUGGCCAACCAGUCCUCUCCUUUCCAGCACGGCGUCAUCUUCCUCUUUAAUGGCGCAGAAGAAAAUGUCCUGCAGGCAAGUCAUGGUUUCAUCACUCAGCACCCUUGGGCCAAAGAAGUGAGAGCCUUCAUUAACCUGGAGGCAGCAGGUGUCGGGGGAAAGGAGGUUGUUUUCCAGACAGGUCCAGAGAAUCCAUGGCUGGUCCAGGCGUACGUCCACGCCGCCAAACACCCCUUUGCCUCCGUGGUGGGCCAGGAGGUCUUUCAGAGCGGCAUUAUCCCCUCAGACACCGACUUCCGCAUCUAUAGGGACUUCGGUAACAUCCCAGGUAUUGACCUGGCUUUCAUCGAGAACGGCUUCAUCUACCACACCAAGUAUGACACCGCCGACAGAAUCCACACAGACUCCAUACAGAGAGCAGGUGACAACAUCCUGGCCGUCCUCAAGUACCUGCUCAAUUCCGAAAAGCUGGCCGGCUCCUCGGAGUAUCGCCACGGCAACAUGGUGUUCUUUGAUGUGCUGGGAGUGGCCAUCGUGGCUUACCCGGCACAUGUUGGGACCAUCAUCAACUACAUGGUCGCCAUGGCAACUUUCGUCUACCUGGCCAGGAAAGCCUCCUUGCCCAGCAACCGGGGCGGGCGCUACGUUCGAGAGCUGGCCUGCGCCACAGGCGUCGUGGUUCUUAGCUGGUUGGUCACCCUGCUGUCCGUUCUGAUUGUUGCUGUACUGGUGACACUGCUGGGCCGCUCCAUGUUCUGGUACAACCACUUCUAUGCCUCCGUGUGUCUCUACGGAGCCGCCGCCACAGGCAAGAUGGUGCUUGUGCACACGCUGGCCAAGAACCUCUACUACGGGGGUGUGCGUCUGCUGGAGCUGGGUGAACUGUACUUCGACGUGAACCUGCUGCUGUGGUGCUGCAUCCUGCUAUGGUUGACCCAGAAGGGCCUUUGUUCCGCCUACGUGCCCAUGCUCAUGGUGGCCUUCCCCCUGGCCACCAAACUGCUGCUCGCCAAGGAAUUUAAGAACAGAGGAGCGUCACUCAAGUACAGCGUGCUCUACCUGCUGGGUCUGGCCUUGCCCUAUCUGCACUUCAUGUUCCUCAUUUGGGUGGUCUUUGAGAUCUUCACGCCGAUCAUGGGACGCAGCGGCACCGAGAUACCGCCGGAGGUGGUCCUGGCCGCCAUGGUUACCAUUGGGACUAUAUUGAUCUCUUCCUUUUUCAUCCACUUCAUCUAUUUGGUGCGGAGCACGAAGCGGAUCUUGACGGGGCUGGCAUCCAUCUUCACGGUCACGUUCCUGUUAGUGUCCUGCAGUCUCCUCUUUCCUUAUUCGGGAAACCCCGACAGCCCACGACCAAAGCGGAUCUUUUUACAGCACACGACUCGGACCUUCCACGAUCUCGAGGGCCGGCUGGAGAGUCAGGACUCGGGCGUGUGGAUCAACAGCUUUGACUACACGGGCAUCCAGCACAUCACGCCGCACAUCCCUGAAAUCAACGACAGCGUCCGCACGCACUGCCGCGAAGACCACCCCUUCUGCGGCUACCCCUGGUUCCUGCCUGUCAAGUUCCUCAGCAAGAAGAACUGGUACCUCCCUGCUCCUCAAGUGUCUCCAAGCUCCCCGGUGGAGUUCAGCCUGGUGUCCAAGGAGAAGACCCCGUGGGGAACCAUCAAGAUGAUCUUUGAUGUCAAUGGUCCCAGUCACAUGUCGCUGUACUUGAUGCCUCAUAAAGGAGCGAGUCUCACCUCCUGGUCCUUCGGUGACGGCACACCUCAGUUCGACCUGAGCGGAGAAUAUUUUGUCUUCUAUUCACACGGCUCGAAUGCGCCCACUUGGACCUUCUGGUUUGAAAUACAGCCGCCCGGCGAUCCGUCCCCGUCGGGCCCCGAGGGGAUCAUCUCCGUGGCCAUCUCCACGCACUAUUUCUUCGGGGACGACCAGAGGACGCCCGAGCUGGAGAAAAUUCUGCGCAGGUUCCCCUCCUGGGCUUUCCCGUCAUCGUGGGUCAGCACUUACGACCUGUACAGAUACUGACGGGGGGGAGGGGGCCACCCUCCCCCGCAACAGAGAUGUGGUGGAACUGUAAUAAGGUUCUUGCUGCCUUUACACACACACACACACACACACACAAACACACACCGCCUGAGAGACCCCCACCAUCACUGUGUCUAACCAAGCUAAGAAAUCGGCUCACUUCCUGAUCGGUGCAAAGACAUGCGAAGGGUGUUGGGGGGUCGGCCUCUUUAUUUAUCGAAAUCUGUGGUGCCUUUUUUUUUUAAUCCUUCUCGUUCUCCCCCAAUCUUUUCUUUUUUAGCACCCCGUUGUUAUCCACUCUAACGCUAACAUGCUACCUCUCCUCUCCAUCAGCAAAAAGCCCCCUUCCCUUGCUAACACCACUCUCAGCACUGCAGUUAUUCGCACUUCAACUGGAAAACCUUUAUUUUUAUUUUUUGUGUCCAUCCGUUUAUCAUUAGUCAUCUUAGCAACAAAGCUAAUGGAGUCCAAUUCCGAAACUUGUGCCUGGAAGUUGGAAACAAAAUAUUGUCAAGCUGUGAAAUUCGCUUUUUUUGGGGGGGUUUGUCUUGAAACAUCCGACCUGAUAAAUGUUUAGUCGAGAGAAACCAGCAAUGCAACAUGAGACAUAUUUAUCUUCAUGCGUUGUCAUGGAAACAUCGCGUCCGGGAUAUAUCUUUAUAUACUGUAACAGGAAGUGAAGUUGCUAUUUGCCAGGGAUGGGCAUCAUUAUCAGAAUGAUUAUAAAAUGAUUAAAUAAUGUCAAAAAUAUUAAUUGACAAGUAGAUGUAAAUCUUGUCAUACAUUUUGAGUUUAAAAGCAAUGGAGGCAAAAUGUUGCACUACUUUGCUGCCACCAACAGAGGCGCUGUUGAUCCACAUUCAAGAAACAAUAAAGUAGUCUUUUCAAGGCACCAGCAUGGAAACAGGAGUUUAGAACAUUCCUAUCAAUUAAAAAAACUGUUAAAAAAAUUAUAAUGAAUGUAUUGUUAUAUUUUAUGUAAUAAUAAAAAUAAAUUAAUCAAAUUGGCUAUUAAUUGAUGGUAAAUCUUACCCAAACAAUAACAUUUUUUAUUUAUAAAAUGAUCAGUUCUCUAAAUAAUAAACAACAUAUACACCUUUCUAUUAAUAAAAUAAAUGUUUAAAAAAUAACAGUGAAUAUAUUUUAAUAUUUUAUAUAAUAAAAAAAUAAUUGAUGGUAAAUUUAACUGAAUUAAUAAUGAAUAUUUAGAAAAUUGCAAUUAAUUGUUAGAAAAUAUAUAUUGUAUUUUUUUUCCAACUUGUAAUAAUAACAAAAUAUAUUGGAAAUGGAGCUGAUUUCCACCUAUAAACAUAAUGCCCAUCCCUAGUAUUUAAUUGACAAAAGCGUCGUUAUUCUUGCCUGUGUGAAUACUGUAAGUGGGCCGCAAGCAAACACUGUACAACCACACUUUGUGCCACUUUAGUCGUCAUAAUAAAUCAUGAGAUUACCGAA